UCUUGUGAGGUCGGGAUCCGGGUACCUGCCGCACCUCUGCCAGCAUUCACCACUUUCCCCUCUCAUUCGGGCAUCAUUCCGCCUCCUCUACCCGUCUCUGACUGUGCCCUGGACCUUUAAACCGAACGAGGACUCAAACAUGUCUCAGAAGAUCAAGUCAGGCUCUGUGGUGGAGAUGCAGGGAGAUGAGAUGACUCGAGUCAUCUGGGAGCUCAUUAAGGAGAAACUCAUCUUCCCGUAUCUGGAGCUCGACCUGCACAGCUAUGACCUCGGCAUGGAGAACCGGGACGCGACAGACGACCGGGUGACGGUCGAGGCGGCGGAGGCAGUGCGCCGCUACAGCGUGGGCAUCAAGUGUGCCACCAUCACGCCGGAUGAGAACCGCGUGGAGGAGUUCAAGCUUAAGCAGAUGUGGCGGUCGCCCAACGGCACCAUCCGUAACAUCCUGGGAGGCACCGUGUUCAGGGAGGCCAUCCUCUGCAAGAACAUCCCCCGCCUGGUGCCCGGCUGGAUCAAGCCCAUCAUCAUCGGCAGACACGCCCACGGAGAUCAGUACAAAGCCACAGACUUUGUGGUGCCCGGGCCUGGGAAAGUGGAGAUGACCUACACACCCACAAACGGAGAGCCGGUUAAAUAUGUCAUCCAUGAGUUUGAGGGCUCGGGUGGUGUUGCGAUGGGGAUGUACAACACAGACAGCUCCAUCACAGACUUUGCCCACAGCUCCUUCCAGAUGGCUUUGACCAAAGGCUGGGCUCUCUACCUCAGCACCAAGAACACCAUCCUGAAGAAGUACGACGGUCGCUUCAAAGACAUCUUCCAGGAGAUCUACGAGAAGGAAUACCGUGCUAAGUUUGAGGCCAAAGGCAUCUGGUACGAGCACCGUCUGAUAGACGACAUGGUGGCCCAGGCCAUGAAAUCUGAGGGAGGCUUCAUUUGGGCCUGCAAGAACUACGACGGAGACGUACAGUCCGACUCCGUGGCACAAGGCUACGGCUCCCUGGGUAUGAUGACCAGUGUGCUCCUCUGUCCUGAUGGACGCACAGUGGAGUCUGAGGCCGCCCACGGCACAGUGACUCGCCACUACAGACAACACCAGCAAGGGAAGGAGACCUCCACCAAUCCCAUCGCCUCCAUCUUUGCGUGGACGCAGGGCCUGCUCCACCGGGCAAAGCUGGACAACAACACAGAGCUGCGAGUGUUCUCUGAGGGGCUGGAGGCCGUUUGCGUCGAGACCAUCGAGGCUGGUUUCAUGACCAAGGAUUUGGCUAUCUGCAUCAAAGGCCUGCCAAAUGUGAAACGCGCUGACUACUUGAACACCUUCGAGUUCCUGGACAAGCUGGCAGAGAACCUGAAGAUUAAGCUCGCUAACCCGCCCAAACUGUGAUCUCACCUCCCAGCCUCAACUGUUAAACACACAAGCACACGCACACACAAUCAAAGACACACACACACACAUUGAAACACGUGCACAUAGAGACAUCUACACAGCUACCGGAGUUGACGCUGGAGCAGCGAGGAGUGUGCCCAGGUACUCCAGGAGGUCUACAGACUGAAACCAUGUCAUUCCCUAACUGGGGGGUGUGAUGGAGCAGGGUGCCUUGUCCAGGAGGAAGGGGGAGCGGAGGUCUCUGAUCAGUGUAGGCCAUCAUCAGUAGUACACAGCCAUACGCAAACAUUACCGGUCUCCUGACCCGAUGGCUCAGUGACCGUGUUUUACCUUUGAUUGCACUUGCUCCGCUCACGUGAGUGUGUUGUCAGUAGUUGUUGGUGGUCUGUGCAACAGACGUGGGACAGAAUCUGCCUGAGGGAGCCCCGGGACCCUCGCUGCCUUAUUAGUUUUGUGUCAAAGUCAUCGUUGAUUCUUGUCGCCCUCUUUUGUCUUGCACUGUCUUAACAAUACCUCAAGCUACAUUUGAUGUUUUAGUGCCUGCUAAAAACCACAGCAGGAGCACCGGCGGCCUGUUCUCUAGUUUAACCCCUCGGCAUGGUGGUGGAUUGGCCACGCAUACCAUGUUCUACUGUUAUGCAGCACCAAACGUUCAUUUCUAGGAUUCUUCUUGCACAACUUGUAAACAAAUACAAUACAUUCCUUUUAGAUUUUGUUAUCUUAUUGAUGUUACUUGUCAGUUGUUUAAGAGGUGUAUUUCUUUGUCCUUCCUGUGUGUGUGUGUGUGUGUGUGUGUGUGUG